AUGGACUUUUCCUUUGACGACGAUGAGCAUACAUCCCAUCUUGAUUUAAAGACACUUGGCAAUUUGGCUAUCCUUACCUUGGUAAGCUAUUCCAUUUAUUCUACUUACUGUCUGAAUUCUACUAACAUAUGCUCCCUUUGUUUAGUUCCUACAGACUACGCGGGCAAACGAGUUUACCAAGGAGUGAGAGUAAAACAAACAGUCAAAGAUCUCCUUGCUGAAAAACGAUCAAGACAGACCAGCAGCUCCCGAUUCAGCGGCAGUGCCAGCACCCCUCCGUCUCCAUUUGUCCAAAUGUCAGGCUCCACGGCCAUGUCUGGUUACUAUGGAGUUAGGAGACCAUUCAUGUCUGAUUUGGAUUUCCACAACACUAAGCCGCUUUCAAAUGAUGUUUAUGCUUCAUCCCUGGGGGCAAAGUCCUUUCCAUGUGACUCCUCUGCCAUUCAAGGGUACCCGCCGCUAGUGGACCCCUGUUUCACCGAGGACUAUCGUUCUGCUGCUGUAACACCCAGCACUAGCUCCCUUUUCAGCACCUCCUCGCUGCCCCCGCUCCUGCCGCCCUUCCCCAGUGACUCAGCACAUUUCUUAAUAAGAGACUCCUGGGAGCAGGCCAUGCCCGACAGCCUCAACCAAGCAGAUGCCGUGUGCUCAGAUUUCCUACAAACCUUGCCCACAACUACCGACUGCCUCACCUCUCACGAGACUGGAAGCACUUCCCAGUAUAGAAGCUCGAGCUGGAGUUCUGCCAUCCCAGGAGCCCAGUCCUACCCUUUGCAUGCUUUUGAAGAUGUCCACUACAUACCCAGUUACCCUGCCACCUCAUCCUAUUCCUUUUCACCAUUUAUGGCUGUAACAAAUGACCUACCUCCCAAGACACUCCACCUCUCAUCAGAGGAACCCUUAGAUACAACCUCCCUUCAUGACAACUCCUCUUGGGCAAAAGAGGAUGGGAGUCCAGUCUGGGGGACACAUGAAUACCGAAGAACUUAUUGAGGAAAGCUCACAGUUGGUGACAAAUUAGAAUUAACCUUCACUCAGACAGCUGAAUUGAUUGUAGGAUAUUUCCCUAUAGUUAAUCACUGAGGACAGUGAUAACAUACUUGGAGGCAAAAAUGCUAAGAAGAAUUUCAGAUGAAGGAAAUAUUCAUUUCUAAAAUCAGCACAUUACUUAAUGCUCUGUUUAACAAUGUAAUUGUCAGGGUUACUGUGUAGCUUGUAGAAAACGGUCUCAAUCCAAUGCCCAAGGAAAGUUAAUGUAAAACGUCCAAUGACUUCAGUGGUCUUUGGAUCAGUCCCAGUUCGGAAAGCAACCUUAAGAAACAGGACCUCACCUUUUUAGCUGAUAAACCGAGUCUAUUUAAACAACCUUAGAAGAUUUGUAGAAAGUGACUCUACAAAAAGAUAAUUAUGGAGGAGAAGGAUGCAAGCCUUUUCAAAUAAUUUAAGUUCUGUAUAGUGAUAUCUUACUAUAUACCACAUACAUGUA